AUGACUAGACAACGGGGAAUUCCGAAACUUCAGAACUGUCGUUUUGGAAGGCAUCGCUUGGGAGAAGCAGCGUAUGCAAACUCCCCUCCUUCUCCUCUCUCCUCUCCUUUCCUGAGCUCUAAAAAUCUCAAGGAAAGGAGAGGAGGAGAGUUUGCAUACACUGGGAAGAAACUCGACACCAUUCAAGAAUUCUGGGUACCUUUUCCAAACAGCACUUUUGUGGAGAUUCAAGGCACUAUUCCGGAUAAAGCAAACCAAACCUUUGAUAUUGAGGAGAGGAAAGGAGGGGAGUUUGUAUACGCCGGCUAUCACCAAAUCUGCGGCGCUGUCUACGAGGCCAAGGAAGAAUUUGAUGACACCAUCAACGAUCUCACGAAGAACCCGGUCAGUAUGCUUCAGUUGAGGGUUCUAGGUAAUCCAUUACGACUUCCUGACAAGAUCCAUCAUCAAAUUACACAGAAAAUCCAGAUAGAUUGUGAAGGCAUUGGCAAGCACUUUAAAGCUUGCACUAACGAUGUUGUCGGAUCUCUCAACUUUCGUCUUCAUGCCUCAUCUGGUUCUACAUCUAGCUGGCAUAUGAAUAGUAUGGGUUAUUUUACCACAAUCCUCAUGCAUGGUAAAGAUGACGAUAUCAGUUUGUGGCCUUUCGCGGAAAUUAGACAUUUAUCCAGAGAACGACAAUUGGAGGUAUGGGCCGACUUUGCUGCACAUGGUGAAAGCUGGAUACCACCCCUGACGCCGAUGAUUCUUGAGGAUAAAGAGUCGAACAUUUCAAAUCUUGUAUCAACUUCCAUUCCAACUGAUGCUGUCCUCGAGCUGAGCAAGCAAAUUCAUUAUAAUACCGGCUAUGAAGUGAGAUAUGAUAUCGAAAAUAAUGAUUUUGGGAAGGACGACAACAUCUGCCUAUUACGAAAAGGCUCGGCUUGUACACUUGCCCAGAAUCAGCUUCACUUUGUCAUCACUCCCUAG